GUCUCUCCCUCCCUCUCUCUCUCUCUUGCUCUCUUUGGAUAAUUUUGUUUCGCAAAAUGGGUGACAACGUGGUGCCGGAAUUAAUGUUUGAGCAGUAAUCAGUCAUCGAGUUAUGUUGAAACUCGUGCCCCUUGGCGUGGCCGGCAGAUCUUGUAAAGCAAUAAGCAGCACUUGCCUGCGAGCCACAGUCACAGCCAAGUCCAAAUAUCAGUCGCAGCAUCUACUACUACAACAGCAGCAGCAAAAGAAACCAAGAAGCUAUCGCUGCUACGCAACUUUGGCUGGCAAAAUGAAGAAGGAGAAAAAGGAGAAGCCGGCCGGUGCUGCGGGAGACAGUCGCAAGGAACUGAACCCCUUGCCGCAGUACAUUGAGGAACGUAAUAUCCUUUGGGAGAAAUGCAAGGCCGAGUAUCUCGCUGAAUUGGCUGCCAAGCCACGCGAGACCAUCAAAGUCACCUUGCCCGAUGGCAAGCAAGUGGAUGCCAUCUCCUGGGACACUACGCCCUACGAUGUGGCACGUGGCAUCAGCCAAGGACUGGCCGACAACACAAUUAUAUCCAAGGUGAAUGGACAGGUGUGGGACUUGGAUCGUGUGCUAGAGGAGAGCUGCUCCCUGCAGCUGCUCAAGUUCGACGAUCCCGAGGCGCAGGCCGUCUUUUGGCACAGCUCCGCGCACAUAAUGGGUGAGGCCAUGGAGCGCAUCUACGGUGGACAUCUGUGCUAUGGUCCGCCCAUUGAGAGUGGCUUCUACUACGACAUGCAUCUGGAUGGGGAAGGCAUCUCCACCAAUGACUAUGGAACCAUGGAGUCGCUGGUCAAGCAAAUUGUCAAAGAGAAGCAAAACUUUGAGCGUCUGGAGAUGAAGAAGGCCGAUCUGCUGGAGAUGUUCAAGUACAACGAGUUCAAGUUGCGCAUCCUGAACGAGAAGGUGACCACGGAUCGCACCACUGUGUACAAGUGCGGCUCCCUCAUCGACCUGUGUCGCGGUCCCCAUGUCCGGCACACAGGCAAGGUGAAGGCUCUGAAGAUAACCAAGAAUUCGUCCACAUAUUGGGAGGGCAAGGCCGAUGCCGAGACAUUGCAGAGGGUCUAUGGCAUCUCGUUUCCGGAUCCCAAGCAGCUCAAGGAAUGGGAGAAGCUGCAGGAGGAGGCCGCCAAGCGGGAUCAUCGCAAGAUUGGACGUGAGCAGGAGCUGUUCUUCUUCCACGAGUUGUCGCCCGGCUCCUGCUUCUUCCAGCCACGCGGUGCCCACAUCUACAACACGCUGAUGGGCUUCAUCAAGUCGGAAUACAGGAAGCGGGGCUUCCAGGAGGUCAUCUCGCCCAACAUCUAUAAUGCCAAGCUGUGGAUGACAUCCGGACACUGGCAGCACUACGCCGAGAACAUGUUCUCCUUCGAGGCGGAGAAGGAGAAGUUCGCCCUAAAGCCCAUGAAUUGCCCGGGCCACUGUCUCAUCUUUGAUACUCGCAACCGAUCCUGGAGGGAGCUGCCACUCCGCAUGGCCGACUUUGGUGUCCUGCAUCGCAAUGAGCUGUCGGGCGCGUUGACUGGUUUGACGCGUGUGCGUCGCUUCCAGCAGGACGAUGCCCACAUCUUCUGUGCCCCCGAGCAGAUCAAGAGCGAGAUGAAGGGCUGUUUGGAGUUCCUGAAGCAUGUCUAUACCAUCUUUGGGUUCACCUUCCAGCUGGUGUUGUCCACGCGGCCAGAGAAGUAUCUGGGCGAGCUGGAGCAGUGGAAUGAUGCUGAGAAGGCCCUGGAGGAGUCGCUCAAUGAGUUCGGCAUGCCCUGGAAGGAGAAUCCCGGCGAUGGCGCCUUCUACGGACCCAAGAUUGAUAUUACCAUUAUGGAUGCAUUGAAGCGGGCACAUCAGUGCGCCACCAUACAGCUGGACUUCCAGCUGCCCAUUCGCUUUAAUCUCAACUACAUUGCCGACGAUGGCGAGAAGAAGCGUCCCGUCAUCAUUCAUCGCGCCAUCCUGGGCUCUGUGGAGCGUAUGAUUGCCAUUCUCACGGAGAACUAUGCCGGCAAAUGGCCCUUCUGGAUAUCUCCACGUCAAGUGAUGGUCGUCCCCGUGGGUCCGGCCUACGAUCAAUAUGCACAGACGGUCAAGGAGCAGCUGCAUGCCGCUGGCUUCAUGAGCGAGGCCGACUGCGAUGCCGGCGAUACGAUGAACAAGAAGAUCCGAAAUGCUCAAUUGGCACAGUUCAACUUUAUUCUGGUGGUCGGCGACAAGGAGCGCUCAUCGAACACCGUCAAUGUGCGCACGCGCGACAACAAGGUGCAUGGCGAGGUCUCCGUCUCGGAGUUGAUUACCAAGCUGCAGAAGAUACGCGAUGAGUUCAUCACAAACGAGGAUAACUUCUAAAUGCAGCGGCCGCAGCCACAUCUUUAACUCUAUUUAUAUAUCGUAUACUUAAUAUUUUGCAAAGCAAACUAGUUGGCAUUUUUAUUCUUUCUCAAUGUGUAAUCUACGCUUAUGAAACCGGAAUUCAGAAAUAAAAACAAACAAUAAAA